AUGGCUUUAAAGCAAAGUGUCUCUUUCACAGCUCUCUGCUCCAUAUCUGAAUGUGUUCAGCGUCAGUAUCACUUUAUAAAUGUGAACAAGAACUGGACUGAAGCUCAGAGAUACUGCAGAAAGAAAUACACAGAUCUGGCCACUGUUGACAACAUGAAUGACAUGAUCCAGCUGAUGAAGAGUGUGAAUGAUGGAGUUAAUCAGUUAGUCUGGAUUGGUCUUCAGAAGGCAAAUGUUUAUAAAUGGCAUUGGUCUUCAGGUGAUCCUGUGCUCUUUCUGAACUGGACAUCUGGAGAAUCAGCUGGCAGUAAUCAGUGUACUGUUAUGUGUAAUGGACAAUGGAUUAAAGAGGCAUGUAAUAACACUAGUGUCUUCAUCUGCUACAACAUGAGCAGAGGACUGGUGUUUGUCAAUCAGACGAUGAACUGGAGAGACGCUCAGAGUUACUGCAGACAGAAUCACAUUGAUCUGGUCAGUGUGAGGAACCAAAAUGAGAAUCAACAGCUGGAGAAGUUCAUUAAUGACAGAAACUCAUCUGGAUCUGCAGUCUGGAUCGGUCUGUUCAGUGACACAUGGCAGUGGUCAGAUCAGAGCAACUCCUCAUUCAGAUACUGGGCAGAUAAUUUUAAAGAUUUUUCAUACAGUGCCGCUAUUCAACCAAACAAAUCAGGACAAUGGGGUGACUAUUCUAGUGAUUACAACCAGUUUCCUUUUGUGUGUCAUGAAGAUAAACUGAUUGUGGUCCAACAGGAUCUGUCGUGGUCUGAAGCUCUGAGAUACUGCAGACAGAAUCAUGUGGAUCUGGUCUCGGUUCAGUCAGAGGAGAUGCAGUAUAAGGUGAUGAACGUGGUUAAACUGGCGUCUACUGAGGCGGUGUGGUUGGGUUUGCGUCACUCCUGUGCUUUGGGCAUCUGGUUCUGGGUGAGUGGAGAGACCGUGUGCUAUCAGAACUGGGCUCCAGGGAACGGCACAUCAGAGGAGGACUGUGAGCCCACAGUGAGAUCUGGAGCAGUUCAGUCUGGUGGAAAUCGGACCUGGAUCAGCCGUCCUGAAACUGAUAAACUCAACUUCAUCUGCAGAAACUACUGAGAGUGAAGAAGUAAGAUGAGGAAUGUGUUCACUUUUCAUUGAAGUAAUAAUUGUAGAUAAAAUAUUAAACUUCAGCAGGCAUUAAUGCAUUAUGAUAGUGAUGAGCAUAUUUGAAGCACAGCUUU